AUUUUUUGCCACUUGAAUGAUUGAAUCUUGAUCAGUGAUAUUUGGGCACUCAUGUAAUUUCAUUCGUGUAUACUAAUACAUUAAACGCAUCAAGUUAUUGAAUGGCUGCUUACAAAGCUAUUGUCACUGGUGGAGCAAGAGGCAUUGGUUAUGCACUUACCUCGGCAAUAGUAGCUGCAGGAGGAAAGGUUCGUUUUUUGGACGUGUUAGCGUCGGAAGGAGCCAAGGCGCAGAAGUCAUUAGAUGAAAAAUAUGGCAGGGGAAAUGCCGUAUUUCUACAAUGUGAUGUCGCAAAAAAGGACGAACUACGGGGUGCAUUUAACGAAGCAAAAUCUCAAAUGGAUGGCGUGAACGUCGUGUUCAAUAAUGCUGGGGUAAUGAGCAUUACUUUUGAAGAUGAAAAAAUUCGUUAUGAAGAAAUUAUGGCUGUUAAUCUGGGUGGUGUCAUAAGUGGAAGUAUCCUUGGUCUUGAAUUGAUGGGAAAAGGGUAUGGAGGUGAUGGUGGUGUUAUCAUUAACACAGCUUCAUUUGCAGUUUUCACCCCGCCUCCGUUUUCCCAUCAACCAGUGUACUCGGCUGUAAAAGCAGGUGUCGCUCAAUUUACACGAUGCCUUGCGCAGACAUCUCCAGCGGAACAUAAUGUCAGGGUGAACUGCGUAUGUCCUCACGGUGUUUGGACUGACAUGCUAAAACCUAGCAUUGAGCAUAAUCAAAAGAAAUUUGCUCAACUUCCUCAGGAGCAGCGUGAUAGUAUGCAGGCAUAUUUUGAAGAAGUAUCCAAGCUGUUUCUUGAACCUACAGAUGUCAGUAACGAAGUUAUGAAACUGAUAAACGAUGAGUCAAAGAACGAUCAAGUGUUAUCUAUCGUGAGAAAUCCAAACGAUCCAGCUCACAUAAUCACUCAAAACCAUCCAACAAUGGCUAUGCCACAAUGAAACAUCAUCCUUUUAGUGUUUAAAUUUAAAUUAACUUUUUUUCAGUUUUAAUUGAUUGCCAUUACAUGCUAUAGAUACAUGUUAUAAUUGAAUUUUACUA